AUGUCAGCUUUGACUGUCUUCGUCGCUCACGCUCCAACAUCAUGCUACGAAGAGGAAGACGUCGAAGCUUUCUGUAUGGACCUGGAGGAGUUCUACCGAGAAGAUCAUACCUUCUACAACGUCAUUAUAUGUGAUUUCAACGCCAAAAUUGGCUCGAAAGUAACGCAUAAGGAACAUCACAUUGGGACCCAUGGACUACAAUGGAAUGAACAGGGGAAGAGACUCUCCGGUUUCAUAGUGACGACUAGACUCCUUACAGUCCGAAAGUGA